CAGGCGCCGUGCGUAGCCGUGCGGGCGGGCGCGGAGCCGGGCAGCGGCGAGCAGCGCACGGCAGCGGCGGUCGCGGGCGACGCGGCGUCUCCCCGCCCCAUCUCCUGUGAGCCUGGGGAACCUGCAGCUCAAAGCCGCCGCCAGCCACAGCACCAUGUACCCCGGCAACAAGCGGAAAAAGCUCUGGCGGGAGGAGAAAGAGCGUUUGCUGAAGAUGACCUUGGAGGAGAGACGCAAAGAGUAUUUAAGGGAUUAUGUUCCACUGAAAGAUAUUCCAACAUGGAUGGAAGACAUAAAAAGCAAGAAUGAAAGUGAUGGUGAAAGCACUAAAGGAGAUCCACAGGGGAAGAAAAGUCUGAGUGAGAAAGUUUCUCUUUAUAGAGGUGAUAUUACAUUGCUUGAGGUUGAUGCCAUUGUUAAUGCAGCUAAUUCCAGCCUUCUUGGAGGUGGAGGAGUAGAUGGCUGUAUACACAGAGCUGCUGGGCCCUACUUAGUUGCUGAAUGUCGCAAUCUGAGUGGCUGUGAGACUGGACAAGCAAAAAUUACUUGUGGAUACGACCUACCUGCAAAAUAUGUCAUCCAUACUGUUGGGCCGAUAGCAAGAGGCCAUCUCACUGACGCUCAUAAAGAAGACUUGGCAAAUUGCUAUAAAUCCUCAAUGAAACUGGCAAAAGAAAAUAACAUCAAAUCGAUUGCAUUCCCCUGUAUUUCAACAGGAAUUUAUGGUUUUCCAAAUGAGCCUGCGGCUGUCAUUGCCCUUACCACUAUUAAGGAAUGGCUGAGCAAGAAUCAUAAUGAGGUGGAUCGUAUCAUCUUCUGCGUCUUUUUGGAGGUGGACUACAAAAUUUUUAAGAAGAAAAUGAGCGAGUUUUUCCCUAUAGAUGAUGAUAAUGAAGAAGAGACUGAGAUGAGUGAGGAGACAGAAGGAUUGGAGCAAAAAGGCCAACCCCCGUCUCCCACAGAGUGCAAAGCAGAGCAGCCCGAGGACCCUCAGAAUAAUGCUGAAGGUGAUAACAGCCCAGAGGAGAAGCAAACCACUGAAGAAACUGAGGUCCAGAGCCAUGAAGCAGAUGAGAUGAAGCCCACAGCUGUACCCAGCCUAUCGUCAGAAGAAGAAAUAGAGCUGAGUGAGGAUAAAGACUCCCUGGAAGACCCCAAAGGCAUGCCAGAGAGCGACCCAGUGCAUCCUGUGGUGUGCGAACAAGAUCAAGCCGAAGGACAAGAGGAUGCUUCUGCAGAUGAAGAGGUGAAAACAGGGGCAGAUUCCCAAAGCUCCUGCAUGGAAAUAGAAGAGCCGUUGUUGAACCGAAAAGACACAACAGAAGCCGAGGAACCUUUGAUUCCCGGUGCAGGUGAAGAUGAAGAAGAAAAAGAAGGAGGAGGAGGAGGAGGAGGAGGAGAGAUGCAAGACAAAGAGGAAACUUCUGCAGAGCCUAUGAAAGUUGAAAUUUCUUCUGAAGCAGCAGAUGUUUCAAGUAACGAUGCUGAAAUGAAUAGUCAAGUUGAAAGUAUAAGCAACCCAAGCGACCCUACAGACACAGAGCUGGAAGCUUAACUAAUAGGAGCGCCACGCGAGACGAGGCCGGCGGACGAUGGCUGAACGGCAGGCACCGACAUCGUACGGCAUCGUUGCGACCUCUCGCAGAAAAGAGCACGCAGAGGCGCUCCACGGGUUGGGAGGGGAGGGAGCUACGGGGAAAUGCCUCCUUGCUUUAAUUUCUCUUUGUUCUCCAUUGCGUUUUGUUCUGUAAACCUGUUGGAAAGAAACAUAACUUCCCAGUUCUGACAAUGUUUUGCAACCAUCCCUGCAAUUACAACAGUUUCUUCUGAA